AUGACGGAGGUAACGAAGGAAGCGUUAAACGAAGCGAAAAAGAAGCGGAGAUGUGCAAAAUCGAGUGUUACAAGGGCAGGAAAUGGCUUGGAUUAUUUAUUGAAAAAUGAGAGACCUAUACCGGAAGUUGAGGAAUCACUCGCUAAUUUGGAAGAUUUAUACAAGAAAUUGGUUGAAAAACACGACGAAUAUAUUCAGUUGGUGGAUGGCGAUGAAGAAUUUGCAACUGAGGAAGAAUGGAUUGAAGAUUGUCAACAGAGGUUUAUGCAGAUAAGGAUCAGAACAAAGGAUUAUUUAAAGGUCAAGUCACAAGGUCAGUUUGAAAGUGAAACAAACUCAGAAACAGGUUUAGUGCCCAAUCAAACCGAGACAACUGUUAGUGACAAUGGGCAGCAAGAGCAUGACAGUAUCCCUGGGUCUGGUCAAGGCCCAUCCCACCAAGGUCAAUCCCCAACCCACGAAGGUCAACCCCCAACCCAUGAAGGUCAACCCCCAACCCAUGAAGGUCAACCCCCAUCCCACCAAGGUCAACCCCCAUCCCACCAAGGUCAACCCCCAUCCCACCAAGGUCAACCCCCAUCCCACCAAGGUCAACCCCCAUCCCACCAAGGUCAACCCCCAACCCACCAAGGUCAAGAACACAAUAGUCCAAGUUCAAGUGAGGGUGCCCAAAGUAUUUCAAAUGUUCAACCUGUUUGUGGUUUCAAAAUGGAGAAGCCAAAAAUGCCUCGAUUUAGUGGUGAUGUCAGAGAGUACAGUAUUUUUCGAGAUGACUUUAAGCAUGCUAUUGAAUCUAGAUACACUAAACGAGAUGCAAUGACCUACCUUCGUGCAUGCUUGCAGGGAAAACCCCUAGAGCUUAUCAAAGGAAUUGGUACAGAUUAUGAUGGUGCAUGGCAAUAUUUAGACUCAAUCUAUGGAGACCCCAGAUAUGUGUCGGACCAAGUAACCCAAGAUCUGUCAAAGUUCCGACCCCUGAAAGAAGGAGAAGAUUCACGCUUUUGUGAUCUGGUGCAUUUAGUAAAGCGUAGUUUCAAUACGAUGAAGGGAGUGGGAAAACCCCAUGAUAUGGAUAACAAUCACAUGUUAUCACUAAUAGAACAGAAAAUGUGUGUGGAAGAUAGAAAGAUUUGGGCUCGUGAAUUGGAAAGGAAUGAAAAGCCAGCAAGCUUACAAGGUCUCAUUGCUUGGAUGGAGACGUAA